GCACGGAUUAAUUUGAGGAUGUUUCAUGGUCUAAUCUUUUCCCUCCUCUUUAUUUUUUUUUCUUUUAUCUUUUUUUUUUACCCACUGUAGUGUCGCCGCAAAAGAUGUCGCUUACACACCUCAAGACAGCCAGCGUCGCUCAUCCUAUUGUCACCAAGGUCACCGUGGAUCCUGCCACGCAACCCGAUAUGCGACGAUCUCCAGCGCCGAACCCUUCCAUCAUGUCAGUACUCAGUCCUAGACUCGAAUCAGAAAGCUCGGCCUCACCAGUGCGGUAUAAUUCACCCGUACCGCAUCCACUCGAACAUGUUUCAAGAGAUGAUUAUCAUCCUAAGGCAUAUGCGCCUUCAACCACCGAGAGUAUGACGUCGAGAAGUCCUAACGGCAGAAAGUCGUGGAGCAGCAACUCCUUUGAUAUGCCGGUCGCAUUCUCUGGAUGGUUACUGAGGCACAAUGCCACUCAUUUUACCUUCACGACACCUUGGAAGCGCUAUUACUAUGUCUUGUCAGAGCAUGCUUUGCAUGAAUACAAAAGUGAUAAGCCAGAUUCCCCCCUUCGGGAGCAGUUUGAUUUUUCGAAAGACACGCUUGUUUUCUUAAAUGAAGGAUUUCCUGGCAAACCUUUUGUGGUGGAGGUCCGUAAGCCUGGGCGUCGAAUGUGCCUUCAAUGUACGGACCUCGACACCAUGAAGCAAUGGAUGAACAAUCUUAAAAAAUCCAUUGCUCAAGUCAGGCGAAACGAGUACCUCAAGACCGUCGAAGAAGAUACACAGACGAAAUCAUCGCCUCCUCCUCCUCGUCAGAGUAGCACCGAUGUUACUGUGGUACACAAUUCGCCAAACAUAAAUGAAGAUAUCAAAGACAACACCAAACCAGUUCAUCUCACUCCGAUCGACCCUCCUGUAGCGAAGACCAUCGCUCGUUAUCGUUCAAAGAGUGAUCAGAGUUCCAACUCAUCGCUGUCACACUUACCAAACAAGUCACUGGCCAUACCACCACAACUUCCACCACCCUCACACUCACCUCCUCCCAUACCGAAUGUGUGAGAAAAUCAAACCAGCAUAUUGUAAGGAAAAAGCAAAAGUGCCCAACCCGAUCACUACACUUUGCAUUUCCACAGCGUGAUU